CCGCCGAGCCAGUCCAUUCCCCUUCUUCCUUCUUGCCACUCCAGACUCCAGACUCCAUCCCCUUCUUCCUCCGCCAUCUAUGUUGCCCGAGGACACUUCGUCUCCGUCUCCGUCUCCGUCUCCGUCUCGUGUUUGUCCAUGAAUCCGGUUCCGACUACAACCUGAUUCUUAGACCUAACCCUUCUCUCAAUAAGUACCACCAGAGUCUUAGAUAGGGGUACGCCUGUGUGAGAUCACACAAGAUCCACCAUGUCGCUCAAAGGCUAUUACGAAGCCUCGUUGUGUCCGCCGGCCGAGGAUGAUGUGUUUGCGGCUGCAGCGGCUGCGGCAAAGUGGGACUGGGGGGAAGCCCUCCUCGAUCGCGCGGCUUACAUGGUCGAUAAGAAAAACCAUACUUCCGCCCGCUGUCGAUUCAGGAGGGACGUCCUGGACAAGAGGGAGGUGGAAAUGCGGGUCACAUUGUGCCUCGCCCCGCCGCCUCUCGUCUCCUAUUUCUGCUGCCACGCCUACUACGCGGACGACAAAGGAGAAGACAACCGAUUGUUCAUCAGCGAGCCGUCCAUGUUUGCCAUGGAGGGUGACCUUGCACUUAUCACCCUCUGCCACGGGGAAUUCCACCCCUCCGCCAUCGACAACAACAAGGGCUACUAUGAAUACUUGGUGUACCAGGCAGGGAAGGAGGAACUCACCCGGCUCCCGCACCCCGACCCCUGGAUGUUGCCAAAUGAGAGAUCCCACUGCUUCAAUUCCACUUCGAUUGCUGUCGUUCCUUGCAGCAGCAAAUUUCCCACCUCAGUCCUCAGCCCCUCCGUCACCGGCCCUUCUCAGGAUGAUGAUGCCUGUGGUGCCUACAAAAUCGCAGCGCUUGGCAAGGACUUUUUCCACGACUCUGCCAAUGGCCCACACUACCUGUGCAUCUAUGACUCCAAGACCGAGGCUUGGACCCGCAAGGCAGGUGCUAUUCCACAGCCUCUGCUGCCGCCAUCCGACUUCAUCUCCGACAUGACCAUCACCAUCGGCGGCAAAAGCGGUGGCAUCGUGGGCUGGGUCGACCUCUGGAGUGGCACGCUCCUCUCCGACGUGCUAGCCGACGACACCCCCUUCCACCAGUUCCGCUAUGUCCCCCUUCCCGAGCCGAGGCAGCCGCCAAAUCGCCUCCCUCUUGCCGUUGACAUUGCAACCGCCUUUAGGGACAUUGUCCUUGUCAAAGAGACUGGCAUCAUCAGGUUCGUCGACCUUCAGGUCCACGGCCAACCCGGCAACCCUUUCUCAGAAAUCCCUAGUGGCUGGACGGUGGUCACAUGGACAAUGGAGGGGCUCCGUAGGGAUUCGGUAACCCUGGGUGAUAUGCGUUUCAAGCCGGAGCAUGAAGUCCAUUCUUGUGAUAUUGAAAACUACGAUUUGCCCAAAUCUGUCUUUGUUUCCAACCCCAUUCUCAGCUCCCACAAAGAUGGCAUAUUGUACCUCAGGACCACUGUCAGCAGCAAAACCGACAGGAACUCGCGAGUUAUCGCCGUUGACAUCAAGAAUAAGAAGCUGCUGAAGGUGGGUGAAUUCGAUAUGCGAAGACCCAACACCUACAGGCGCACUACCAUCUCCAGCUAUCUCAAGCCCCCAGUCUCAAAGGAGAAUAUGAAACGACGAGCCCCGGUGUCUAUGGGAUCCUCUCGCAAGAAGCCACAGCAGCAGCCCGCCAUCACCAACCCAGCUGAGGGAGGAGAGGUUUAUGUCGGGGAUGUAAUGGACUUACAGUAGGCGAUCUUUUCGGGUACGAGUGCCUUCGAGGCACAUACCAUCACCACCGGAGAAGUACCCAGGGUGGAGAUCGAGAGUGUUUGCUUCUGCUUUCGUGUUAACUAGCCAGAAUCUGAAUUUUAUUUAUUAAGUAAGGCUAUAGAAGAUUCAGCGGACAUGUACGAUGGAUGUCUGAGGCUAGUGGAUGUAUUAUAAAUCAUUAAUGAUAUUUGAGAAAAUAUGCAAUGACAGCAGUGACACUGCUUAUUUAUAA